AUGGAGUUUUACAAGCGGUAAGCCGCUCAACAUUGUUACAGGGAAUCCUCCGGCGAAUCAUGCCUUUACGGGAUGCAGCAUCCUUCGAUUCGGCUCGACCCUCCGCUGCCGGUUUUCGGGCCAGACUAAUAACGAACCUCUCCGCACCUUCUCCGCGUGACUUUCCUUCCCUACAGAGCUGCGUUGAUCCUCGAUGCGCUGGAUGAGAAGAAAGGUUCGGUCAAGGGUUUGUGCAUGGCCGAGGCCAAGCGUUCGCGCGAAGGUCGACCGGGCGAAGCGGCUCGAUUCCUCAAAGUCACCGUCGAGGUGCUCAAAUGUCGGUCCUCCAUCAUCGGUUAUUCGUCAGGCAGGUUUCAGAAUUUGCGCUGAUCGACUAGCGGAUGCUCAUCCUUCACAGACCGACCUCAUCUGAAGCAUCUGCUGGAUCACUCGGCGAUCCUGACCAAAGAACCGGCGCUCUUCGUCGCCCCCGUCACGACCACAGCGCCUACGAAAGGUAUUCUCGAAGUCAAGUCCGCUGCGGCGGCGUCCAAGAUGCUCAAGAAGCAAGAGGAGUAUCAGAACAAGCGACGCGGGAAACAACAACGACCGCCACCGACGCCGGCCUCGUUGGCGAUGGUCAUGAUCCACGAUAUGCUCUUCGCCAAACGGGGCAUCACCUUGCCCAAGGAACACAAGGUCAGGAAACAGGUCGAGAGGUACAAGGUCUCGUGAGUCCCAUCGUAUUCUUCGGACUGGUGGUGAGCUCGAUGACUGAAUCUGACCCAGCUUGCUCGCGCCCUAACCCAGGAUGGAGAAAGAGACUGAAAAGGAGAGAAAGCGCAAGCGUUGCUCGUCGAACGAAGGACUUCAGAUCGCCUUGCCCGAGAACGUCGCGGCUUCGAUCGAAGGGAUAGGCAAAGGCAAGAAGCGUGCCAAGGAUGCCGAGACGGGUGAAGAUGCCGGCGCACUGGGAUCGGUUCGGUGGUUGAGGGUCAACACGCUCAAAUGGACCGUCGAAGCGGCGGUCGAAUGGUUCGAUGAUCAGAGGUGGGAGAUGGUCGAUGAUGUGGAGACGAUGAUUGAGACGGCGUGAGUUUUGUCGUCGCUUUCUUCAACAUUCAGGGUGCGAGAACUAAUACCGAUUUUGUACUUUGUACUUGGUCGCAUUCGAACCCCAGUCAAACAAAGUCGAAGGUCUUUGCCCUGGAUGCUCAUAUCGAGCCUUUGCUUGCACUUCCUGCGUCGCUCUCCUUGCCUUCACUCGAACCCUUCAAGGACGGACGUCUGAUCGCACAGGAUAAAGCGUCGUGCAUGCCCGCCUGGGUCCUUCUGUCUCAUUUGCUUGCCGAAGAGGAUCUCGAGCGAGAGCAGGAAGAGCAAGCCCAACUCGAUGGAACGGCUCCCACGGACUCGUUGACCUUCGAAGAGCGCGGCGAUCUCGAGGUGCAAAAGAAGAAGAAGAGAGGCGUUAGGGUACUGGAUGCGACGGCUGCACCGGGGAACAAGACGACGAUGGCCGCUGCGAUGGCGGGGGAGUAUGGCAAAGUCGUCGCCGUCGAGAGGGAUCAGGGAAGGUUCAAGGUGCUCAAGGAUAUGUGCAAGAAGGCAGGCGCCAGCAGUGAGUUCUCCCUCCCACUGCAAACCUCAUGCGACAAAUCGAAUUACUGAAGAUACCACUGUCUUUCCUGCAGACGUCACACCGAUGAACAUCGAUUUCUUGUCGAUCGACCCCGCCGAUGUCAAGUUCAAGAACAUCACUCACUUCCUCGUCGAUCCGUCAUGUUGUAAGUCAUAUCUCUUUGUCUUGACUGCAAGAUCAUACGCUUACAAGGCUGUCCGAUUCCUCGCUCAGCCGGCUCUGGUAUCCCGUCUCGGCUCGAUCAUCUGCUGCCCACCGAGCCUGAAGCCGAACAGGCGACCCGAAUUCGAGCCUUGUCCAAUUUCCAACUCACGAUCCUAUCCCACGCCAUGCGAUUCUCCGGUGCUCGUCGAGUCGUCUAUUCGACGUGCUCGAUCUGGGCCCAGGAAGACGAGGGUGUCGUAGUGCGUUUGUUGGCCAAGAAGGAGUUCCAGGACAAGGGGUGGCGAUUGGCGACGAGGGACGAAGUGAUCCCUACGUGGGAAAGGCGAGGGAGGGUCGACGAAUGCGGAGGGGAUCAAAGUCAGUUCUGAGAUCUAGGCUCAUGGUGCAGGGCUAUUAUUUGCGUGCUCACGAAUCUUCUUUCCGAUCCAGACGUCGCCGACUCGGUAAUUCGCUGCCUGCCCGAAGAUCAAUCGAACGGGUUCUUUGUCGCUUGCUUCAUCCGAGACGAGGACGUUGCAGCCGCUGGGGAUCAAUCGACCGACGGCGCGAACGUACUGACGAACGGAGCCAACGUUGAAGGCGAAUCAACCGAAUUGACCCACGCGCAACGACAAGAGUUGUUCAAGGCCAAGGCGCGCGCCAAGGGCGGUAAAGGUGGACCGAGGGGUGGAGGACAAGCCGUGACUUCGUCAACGUCUCCGACGAAAUCGGCUCCCAAGAAGGUCGAAGCUGUGGUGGAGAAGAAGAAGUCAGGCAAGAAGGCGGCUUAUCUUGCGGAGAAGAAGAGAAGGCAAGAGGGAGGGUCCGAGAGGGCCGGCAAGAGUCGUCGAGUUGACUGA